CGCGGCGCGAUGGCCGCGGACGCGACCCCCCCCGCGCGCGCGAUCCUCGACGCCGCGGCGCGCGACGACGCGAAAUCCCUCCUCGCGCUCCUCCCCGAGCGCGACGCGCCCGUCGCGCGAAGGACGACGGAGACGACGCGAGAUCCGUGGACGCGCGCGGGACCGAUCCACCUCGCGUGCGAGCGCGGCGCGAUGGACGCGCUCGCGGCGCUCCUGCGCGUCGGGUUCGACCCCGCGGACGUCGACGACGAGGACGCGACGCCGCUUCACUACGCCGCGGCGCGAGGCGAAGUCGCCGCGAUCGACGCGCUGCUCGCCCUCGGCGGCGGCGUCGACGUCGACGCGACGGACGUCCGCGGGCUGACGCCGCUGCACUUCGCGUCGGGAGCGGGAAAGCCGCUCGCGGUCGUCGCGCUGUUACGCGGCGGCGCGCGCGUCGACGCGAAAUCGCGCGACCACCGCGCGCCGUUGCACUACGCCGCCGCGGUCGGGUGCGUCAAGUCCGCGGAGGCGCUCCUGCGCGCGGGCGCGGGCGCGGACGCGGACGGCGGCGCGAGGACGAAGACGAAGACGCCCGUCGUCGUCGCCGCGGAGAGGCGAUGGGAGUUCGUCGUGGAGGCGCUCGCGCGCGCGGGCGCGGCGUUGGACGACGACGUGAAGGCGAUCGCGCGGAAGGAGCGGUGGGCGAUCGCGGAGGGGUGGGGGCCGCCGCCGCCGGCGACGAAGACGGCGGUCGAGGCGACGGCGGCGAUGGCGGCGACGGCGACCGCGACCGCGACCGCGACCGCGACGCCGCGGUCGACGCGCGUCACCGCGUCGGUCGCGAAGACUUUCACGACGACGACGACGACGACGCGUCCCGCGUCCGGUCGUCGUCCAGUCAGCGGACGAAAGACCGUCGCCGCCGGGUCGACCGUCGCGGCGCGGCGGCGGGCGCCGGCGCCGCCGCCGGAGCCUCCGGUUCCCGAGGUGAAGCCGCCGCCGGCGCCGAACGCGACGUUCCUCGCGCGGUACGGGCUCGCGGACGUCCCGGGGUUGUUCCAGGCGUGAUGACGCGAGGCGCGGGCGGGCGGACGACGAGGGUGCGUAGCGUUAGGUAUCAUUACAGCGAGCCGCGCGCGUCCGCCUUUGGCGGGCGCGGGCGAGU